GAGAGCGCGCGGUGCCGCCGCUGUGAGCAGCCCCGCGUCCCUGCGGCCGCCGCCCCGGAGACCCCCGCGCCCCGCGCCUCGCGUGCCCGCGGCCGUCCAGGGCCCCCCGCAGCCGCUGCCCCCGGGAUGGCCGCUGCCCGCGGCUGAGCCAGCCCCGGGAGUGGGGGGGCCCCCAUGGGCCGGUCCGCGCCGCGCCCCCCCCGCGGCCGCCCUCUCCGGCCCGGGCCCCCCCGGGCCCAGGCGGCCCAGAUGGUGGGCGCGGCGGUCGGGGUCCGGGCUGGGGCCGGCGCGGGCUGCAGGCACGGCCGGGACUGAACGGGGUCGUCGGGCACCCCAGCAGCCCCGUCCAGACCGCCGUGGCCAAGCUUGCUUCGACCUCAGUCCCUUUGCACUGGCCGCCCCACUCCCCUCGGGAAGACGCUUCUCUCCUCUGCCUGACCGACUGCCUUUCUUCAAGCCCCACCUGCCCCCCCCACCCCAUGCUCAGGAAAGCGCUCUGGGACCCCCAGAUGGGGCUGCUUUCCUGUCCCCCCCGGCCCAGCGCCCGCUCCCAACUGGUCAGCCUUUGGCACGGUCUUCUUCGCCGGCUCCUUGGUGAAUUAUGUCUCCGUCCAAACUGAUCCUUGAGGAGUGGUUCCAAACGCUGGGGGCUCGGCUGCGUCCCCCGUGCCUGGCCCAGCACCCUUCUGCCCGUUUGUUGCCUGGUGGACCCCCGAGGGCCGCGGGGCACGUGGCUGACCAUCGCGCACCCACAGGCCCAGGAUGCAUCGUUGGAAGGCGGCGGCCGUGGCGUCGGUGCUGUGCAGCUCCGUGCUGUCCCUCUGGAUGUGCCGAGACGGCCUUUUCCUCGGCCACCGCCUGGGCCCUGCGCUGGCACCCCUGCGCCGGCCGCCCCGCACCCUGGACGCCCGCAUCGCCCGCCUGGCCCAGUAUCGCGCGCUGCUGCAGGGCGCCCCGGACGCCGUGGAGCUACGCGAGCUGACGCCCUGGGCCGCGCGCCCGUCGGGGCCGCGCCGUCGGGCGGGGGGGCCGCGGCGACGGCGCGCGCGCGCACGUGCGGGCGCGCGGCCGUGCGGGCUGCGCGAGCUCGAGGUGCGCGUGAGCGAGCUGGGCCUGGGCUACGCGUCGGAGGAGACGGUGCUGUUCCGCUACUGCGCAGGUGCGUGCGAGGCGGCCGCGCGCCUCUACGACCUGGGCCUGCGGCGCCUGCGCCAGCGGCGGCGCGUGCGCGGGCGCGAGCGGGUGCGCGCGCAGCCCUGCUGCCGCCCGACGGCCUACGAGGACGACGUGUCCUUCCUGGACGUGCACAGCCGCUAUCACACGGUGCGCCAGCUGUCGGCGCGCGAGUGCGCCUGCGUGUGACGUGUGACGUUACCUCACCGGGACCCCUGACGGCGCCCCCCGACGUCCACCCACCCCCCUCACCGACGGCGCCCCCCGACGGACUGUCCUUGUGCACGACACAUAAAGUGUGCAAAAUCCGG